CGCACGCCGAGUCGCCGCGCUCUCGGUGCAGUUGCAGUGUCGUCUAUGCACAAGCGGCGGAGAGUCGCAUCCCACCCACAAACGCUAAAAAAACACCCCCAAAACAAAAAAAAAAUAUAAACAAAAGACUAUAUUUUCCUAAAAACUUACCAUAUCAUUCGAGAGAAAUAUUUUUUCAAGUUUAAAAGUGACAUAUCAAAACGGAAUCUUAGGACCCUUUUAGUAUAUGAUAGCGUAUUUUGUGACAGCCGUGAUGUGUAUGUUAAGUGACAGUGCCGUAUACGGAUAGUGUACAUGACAACGUGAAAUUCGAGAUUGGAUUUUUUUCCUUUUUUUACAAAAUUACCACCGAAGUGUCAAACUGGACCGAAGAAGAGCAGGCCACCUCUGACGUAUGUCUAGAACGGGUGGCAGAGGAGUUGAUGGGUCGAAGAAAAUGGAAACUCUAUCAAGACGCAAUCCUACCCAAGCGCGACGGAGAGCCAUCCAGCGACGAGUCCAUGCCUUCCACAGACCCUCCCCCUGCGCUCAAGAUCAAAACCAUAGAGCAGAUCAACGAGGACAAGGAAGGAGAAAAAAGGCCGGAGACCAUAUUAGAAAGACUGAUCAAGACCCCUGCUACUGUCCCAAAGGUGGAGAUGGUGGAAGAACCUUCAGACUGGAAGCCGUCGGACAAGUGCUACUUCUGCGUGGAGGGUGAGGGUGGCGGGGAGACGCAGCCGACUGGUGCGGCGAGUCCAGCGUCAGAGUCCGACAGUAGUUCCGUAUCCGGCGCAAAGAGCCCGGCCGCCGCCCCCCCUCAACUCCUGCAACACCUGCUGCAGAUGCAGCUGCAAGCGCAAAGUCCGCAGGCCAUCGCACAGCUACAGCAGAUGAUCGCGACGCUAGCCGCGCUGGGCACUGGGCUGGUCCCGCCGGCGCUCUCGCAAGCGUGGCUGAUGCAGCGGCUAGGACCCCGGCUACCUGACAGCAGGCUGCAAGACGUAGAGAAGGCAUCAGCACCAAGCGCGUCUCCAACCUCCGCAGAACAGCCCCUGGAUCUCAGCGCCAAAUCCACCUCCAGCACCAGUGGGACGCCACCCCCUGACGCCAAGGAUAACGCCAGAUUGAAACGCGCAAUAAUCGACGGCGCGCCCGGGAAUAGCACGGCGCGCCGCAACUACACCGAGGACGAGCUGCAGUCAGCCCUGCGCGAUAUUCAGUCCGGCCGGCUCGGCACGCGGCGCGCCGCCGUCGUCUACGGCAUCCCGCGCUCCACGCUGCGCAACAAGGUCAACAAGUUCGGCCUCGCCGCCGAGCCACCUGACUCCGACCCCGACUCCGACCCCGAACGACCCGACUCCCCACCCUCCGUCAUCCUCAAAAUACCCACGUUCCCACCCCCGGACGACAAGAGCCCCUCACCAGCCACCCCUGCCGCACCGGUCACCCCGGUCACUCCAAUCCUACCGCCGCAACCACCCCUGAAUACACCCUCUCCCCUCCUGUUACCAGCCUCCGUCUUCGCUGAUCCGCCUUCCUCUCAACAUCUCUUCACGUCGCUGAGCGACGUCAUAGCCAAGAGCAUAAGCCAGAAGUUCCAACAGCCGCUCGAGAGGCCCCACGACUUCAUGCGACUCCAGCAAGACAGACACGUCUCCGUCAUCAAAACCCCACCGGACAACUCUAGAAACUUCUCGGCACCCAGCAACUCUCGCGCUCCCACGAACAACAACGGACAACCCGCCACGGGCAAAGGAACUAGACCUAAGAGAGGAAAGUAUAGGAACUACGAUAGGGAUAGCCUGGUAGAAGCCGUAAAGGCCGUGCAGAGAGGCGAGAUGUCGGUUCACCGCGCCGGAUCUUACUACGGCGUGCCGCACUCGACUCUCGAAUACAAAGUCAAAGAGCGGCAUCUGAUGAGGCCGCGCAAACGCGAGCCGAAGCCGCCCCAGGACGUGAAGCCGCAGCCUCCCAAGCCGCCGCCGCCGAAGCCGAUGACCAAGCCGUUCACCAACGGCCUCAACGGGCCCGACACGCCCGGGUACCCGCCGAGCUACUUCUGGCCGGGAGCCGGGUUCCCGGCCCCGCCCGCGCCGGACCUCUACGCGUCGCACAUGAUGCGUCGGCUCAGAGAAGAAGCGCCGCCGCCGGCGAACGGGAGUUUCCUAGAAGGGAUCAUAAGGUCGAGCCUGGAGAGGCCCGGGGCGGCGCUGCUGCAGCGGCUGACGGGCGAGCCGCGGCCGCCGGCGCCGAGCGCGGACGCGCCGAGCCUGCUGCGGCGGCUGGCGGGCGGCGACGGCGAGGAGCCGCCGGCGCGGCGCGCGCGCAUCGACUCGUCGGACCGGCAGCUGGCCGCGGAGAUGCGCGAGGCGGUGCAGCGGCUGCGCGCCGACAAGCUGCGGCCGCGCAACGGCACGCCGACGCCGCCCGCGUGCGGCGCGCUGUCGCCGCCGCCGCCCGCCGCGCCGCCCGACCGCGCCUAGUAUCCGCUCUACUACCCUUUCCAGUGAUACGUGACGUAGUGGCGUCGCGUUCGCCCACGGAUUUUGAAAGACGUUCCGAUCUCCUCAGUCUUUGUGAUAAUUAUUAUGUAAAGUACAUUCCGUUGGGAGAGGGAA